CCUCCUUUCCUUUCUCGCUGCCCGCUGUCGCCAGUCGCCGUCGCCACACGCUCCCUCCGUGACCGCCCGCACGCAACCCCACCAGAGACCAGACCAAACCCACCGGACCAAGGAAGCCAACCCCAUCCCCCACAACACGCCCAAAAAUCUCGUCUUUUUGAGCAGCUGGAAGGAAGAAGAAGAAGAAUAUUGCCCUUUGCCCCGUUCCCAAACCUUCCUCCGGCAUUCCCAAACCUUCACCGCCACAAAUAUUCCGUGCGUUCCUUUCCUCUGCCGUCGACCGACCCUGCUUUGACUUCGACUUCAAGUUGAAGCCGCCUUCCUUCCUUCCUGGAAUCGGGGAAUUCCUCCGCCUCCUCGCCUUCUCCCGUCCACCCACCGGAUUCAUUGGGGAAUUCGCUGCCUCCUGCUCCGCUCCGUCCCGUCUGAGGGUUCGAGGCGGCGCGGCCGUCUGUCUGUUCCCGGCGGCGGAUUUGGAUUUGCGGGGUUCCGGAUGGGGAAGCCGUCGCUCAAGAAGAAGAGGGCCUCCUCCGGCAAGGCCGGCGGCGGGGACCACCACGGGGCCGCCAAGCCAGGGGCGCUGGACCGCUCGGGCUCCAAGGUGCUCGACGGCGACGAGACCAUCUUCGCGGAGAUGGCGCAGGAGCUGCGCGAGGAGGGGAACAAGCUCUUCCAGCGCCGGGACUACGAGCGGGCCCUGCUCAACUACGAGAAGGCCGUCAAGCUGCUCCCGGCCUCCGCCGCCCUCGACGCCGCCUACCUCCACAGCAACCUCGCCGCCUGCUACAUGCAGAUGAGCCCCCCCGACCACUACCGCGCCAUCAACGAGUGCAACCUCGCCCUCGACGCUUCCCCCAAGUACUCCAAGGCGCUGCUCAAGCGGGCCCGCUGCUUCGAGGCGCUCGGCCGCCUCGACCUCGCCGCCCGGGAUGUGGACCGGGUGCUGGCCGCCGAGCCCGGGAAUCUGACGGCGCUCGACGUCGCCGACAGGGUCAGGAGGACCAUGGAGGAGAAGGGGUUUGUGGUCGACGGGGAGGCCGUCAUGCCCACGCCCGAGGAGGUGGUCGCCGCCGCGCCCAAGCAGCAGCCCAAGCCCAGGAAGAAGAAGGGCCGGAAGGCCUCUGCCAAGGCCGCGGCUGCCGCCGUGGAGGAGCAGGGGGAGGAGAAGGCGGCAGAGCCUGUCAAGGAGGCCGAGGAGCCGCCCAGGCAGGUCAAGCUCGUGUUUGGCGAGGACAUCCGCUGGGCUCAGGUGCCCGCGACCUGCAGCAUGGCGCAGCUGCGGGAGGCCGUCCGCGGCAAGUUCCCGGGACUCAAGGCUGUUCUUGUCAAGUACAAGGACAGGGAGGGCGACCUUGUCACCAUCACCAACCAGGACGAGCUCAAAUGGGCCGAGGACUUGACUGAACCAGGGAGCUCGCUUCGGCUGUAUGUCACUGAAGCUGACCCUGAGCAUGAGCCCUAUGUUGAGGAUACCAGUAGCAACCCGCUGGACAGAAAUACGCACAACGCGUCGGACAAUGGAAGUAUCAGAAGCAACAGGCAGGAUGAGGACAGGAGCACCGUGACUUACAUUGAUGAUUGGAUUGUGCAGUUCGCUCGCCUUUUCAAAAACCAUGUCGGUGUCAGCUCCGAUGAGUAUCUCGACCUCCAUGAGGUCAGUAUGAAGCUGUAUACCGAUGCCAUUGAAGACACCAUUACUACCGACGAAGCCCAGGAGGUGUUUCAGCUUGCUGAAGGGAACUUCCAGGAGAUGGCAGCACUUGCGUUUUUCCACUGGGGUAAUGUUCACAUGUCUCGGGCUAGGAAGAGGCUGCUCUUACCCGAAGACUCUCCAAAGGAAUUGGUGCUUGAGAAAGUCAAGGAAGCGUACGAGUGGGCAAAGGAAGAGUACAAGAAGGCCGGGAAGACAUACGAAGAAGCUGUAAGGGCCAAGCCGGACUUUUUUGAAGGUUUCCUUGCACUUGCACACCAACAGUUUGAGCAAGCAAAGCUGUCAUGGUAUUACGCUAUUGGUACCAAUGCGGAUCUGGACACAUGGCCUUCCUCUGAAGUCUUGGAGCUCUUCAACAGAGCUGAGGACAACAUGGAAAAGGGUACAGAGAUGUGGGAGGAAAUGGAAGAACAGCGCCUGAAGAAUCGAUCCAAACCUAACCUGGAAAAUGCCGUGCUAGAGAAGAUGGGCAUGGAGGAGUAUAUCAAAGAUGUAUCCACUGAUGACGCUGCUGAACGGGCUUCCAAUAUGAGGUCUCAGAUCAAUAUUCUGUGGGGUAUGCUGCUUUAUGAGCGCUCGGUUGUGGAGUUUAAAUUAGGACUGCCAGCGUGGGAGGAUUGUCUGAUGGCAGCAAUUGAGAAGUUUAAACUUGGAGGAGCUUCAGCUACAAACAUUGCUGUGUUGGUGAAGAACCACUGUGCAAAUGAAACUGCCCAAGAUGGUUUGGGCUUCAACGUUGAUGAAAUUGUGCAAGCCUGGAAUGAGAUGUACGACAUUAAACGGUGGCUGCGUGGUGCUCCAUCCUUCCGUCUCGAGCCAUUGUUUAGGCGGAGAACUCCGCAACUGCAUAUGGCACUGGAGCAUAUAUAGUAUGUAUGAAGUUGCUCCACACAUAUUAAAUUCUGGGCCACGGUUACCGACACCAAUCUUCUUUUUUAGCAGGUCAAUUGCUGAUUGGGAUACAAUACAUGGAUUUGUUCGGUUGCAUUUUUCAUACAUCGAAAGAGUCUGCUUCCCGGUUGCGAAGCUAUUCAUUGCGGAGGGGUGGAGCCCGCCCGCGAUUUGGAUACGUUAGUUGUUUUUUCGUCUGUCUUGUUCUUCUUCAUGCACAGGAAGCUGUGACUUGUUACUGUAUUAGAGCUGCAUUUAUCAGUAAGCUUAGUAGUAAUAUACAUACUGUUUUGAGGAUGGAUUGGUGCAUCCUCUACUUGUUUUGCACUGUUACGGUACCUUGUCUGCAUGCCUGUUUUGGGCUUAAUCAUAUUGUGAUUACAUA